CCGGGUGGUAGCAGCUCAGGCACAGACUCCUGGCUCAACGACAACGCCGUCAACGGCUGGUACAAAGGCAUAGUCGAAGCCAAAAAGGACCAAAUCGGUUGGAAGAAGAACUCCGCCACGCCACCUCCCUUCGCCGCCAUGAACACCGCCUGGCUCAACAACGUCGAAGCCAAAGGCAUGAAGAGCAUCGCCCGCUGGUCGAAGCGCAUGGACUGCAACGGCGCCAAGCUCCUCCAGUGCGAGAAAAUCUUCUUCCCCAUCAACGGCGGCUCUCACUGGACCCUCCUCGUCAUCAACCCGCAAGACCACGCGAUCGAAUAUCUCGACAGUCUCGGCGGCAAGGGCUCUCGCUACCUCCGGCAUGCCCGCGACUGGCUCGCGAUGGAGCUCGGUUCCGCCUACCACGCCGACGACUGGUCCGAAAUCAUCGACCGCAGCUCGCGACAGGGCAACAUGGACGACUGUGGCGUCUUCACUUGUCUGAAUGGCCUCGCCAGCGCCAAGGGUAGAGAUUUCACAGAAAUCACACAUGCGCGCAUGCCGCUUGCCCGACGCAUGAUUGCCGCUGUUCUCUUGAACGGUGGCUUUACAGGAGAAUUACAACUUUGA